AUGUUUCACUACUUGCGUUCUUCCAUUUGCCAUGCUCGUGAAUCUCUUCUUUCUGGAUCGAAAACCACACUUCCAUCUCAUACUACCUUCUUGCGCGGAUAUGUCAGGAGAUUUUCUAGUGCAGGUUGGAGUUUGAGUGGGAGGAAUCAAAAUGAGAAUGUGAGUGCAAAUUCAAAUGCAAGUCUUCGUCCAGAUUUUCUGCGGGAUAUAGAAAAUAUGAACUCCAGAAGUGAGAACAAGGCUGAGACUGAUGGGAAUUUCAGGCGGAUGGACUUUGUGAGAGGAUCUAUAGAAGAAGAUGAAAAGGGUAUUAUGGGGAGUUAUCUAUACAACCAGUAUCAUUAUGAGCAUGAUGCUGAUUUUGUUCAUAUAAAGAUGUUGCGUAACAAUACCUUUGUUACGGUGACCGAUGCUAAAGGAAAUGUAAAACUUAGUGGCUCUGCUGGUUCCUUGAAAGACAUGAAAUCAGGACAAAAGCUUUCUAGGUAUGCAGCUGAAGCAACUGCAGAAGUGGUUGGACGAAGAGCUAGAGGUUUGGGGUUAAAGUCUGUUGUCAUGAAAGUCAAUGGAUUUACUCAUUUUCGAAGGAAAAGGCAAGCAAUAUUGAGCUGGAGGGAAGGGUUUACUGAUUCCCGAGGGGAUAAAAAUCCAAUUGUAUACAUUGAAGAUACAACUCGUCGUCCCCAUAAUGGCUGCAGGCUGCCAAAGAGCCGACGUAUCUAG